CUUGUAGGGCUUGCUCGACGUUGGGAUUCCAUGGACCCACCAGGUCCAAUUAUUGAGCAACAACUCUUUCGUUCCUUGCGUGAGAAACACGUGUCCUAGGAGCCUUAAGGGUUUCUACCUUGUGACGUCAGGUAGUUGUGAUGUCUUGACGUGGCGUGGCUAGGAAGAGAUAUUUAUCCGAUAGAGAUGAAUUGAAAGCAUAAAGAACCUCAUCCAUUCUCCUGCAUUGAACAACUAUAUCCAUGACAGCUUGAGAAGCAGAGCUCUUGUUUCGUUUCUAUCGCUCUCCCAUCAAUCUCAUGUCAGACGACUCAUUUUCUUACGAUGAUUGGUUCUCUUACCGACUUGCUCCCGACGGCGACAUCGAAGAUGGAUGUCAUCCAGACGAAGCGCAGGCGAUGAAAGACUACCUGCGCCAAAAGACAACUGUAACCGAAGCCGCUCAAGCCAUCACUUACCCAGUUACGAGAGAAGACGACCCUACAGACAACCUUCAUCGUCUAUGGGGCUUCCUUGAGGAUUCACUCGUAGAACUGCCAUCGAAACACAUCGACCCAUUGAUAUUACUAUUACAAGCUAUCGAAGCACUCCCCAAGCCCGAUUUCGCAGGCAACCAUGACGUUUGGGAAGGUCUUGGAAAUUUCGGCCACAUGUGGUCUGAUGGGUAUAUGAAUGGUGGCUGGAGAACGAAGGCCCGGGAAGGGAAUGGCCCAGAGUACGACAUAUCAAGAGAGAGACACGUACGAAAAGCAGAGAUCGAGGCGCGAAUUGUACAAGCAGGCAUUGGAAAGAUUCCGAUUGACUGGGGUUACGAAGUAGUUGCAGAUGCUCUAGAGAGCAGCAACGCAGUAUUUGAUUUCGAAAUUCCGGCUGCUGCGAAUUGGCUCGUGAUAUGUGGUCAAAUUUUUCGACAGGGCGCGGAAAAGCGCGAAGAGAGUUACGGCCUGAAGCCGUUCACGAUGAUUGGACCUCAUGACCCUUCGCGAGAUCUCCGGAAGGCACCCUUGGAUCGAAUCAUGACCUUAGAGCGCUGGUCGGACUGGGAACAUCGUCUAAAAGAGUUAGAGGGAGAAUUGGGGGUUGUUGGGGAAGCUGCGAAAACAGCACUCGGCGCUAUGCAGAAGUUAGAUGAUCCGUCGACAUAGAAUUUAGAGGGGUUGAUAUAUGAAAAUCGCAUGUACUUGAGCUACAAAAGUAGCGCGGUAAUAGUAAAGAAAAUUUAGUCAUCUUAUUAAAGUUUACCCCUUCUCACGCAGACGAGACUUUACUGCCCAUAGAUGAGCGAAGUUAUCGUGGGGGUAGAUCUUAACGUUAGUGCUGGUGUUUGGUCAAAAU